GGACUGAGCCGGCCCGGCCCGGCCCGGCUCGGCGGCGGCAGCAGCACCAUGUCGGGGCCGAGCGCCGUGUCGGACCCGCAGCACCCGGCGCGGCUGCUGCGGGCGCUCAGCUCGUUCCGGGAGGAGACGCGGUUCUGCGACGCGCACCUGGUGCUGGAGGGCGAGGAGAUCCCGGUGCAGAAGAACAUCCUGGCGGCCGCCAGCCCCUACAUCAGAACAAAAUUGAAUUACAAUCCUCCAAAGGAUGAUGGCUCAACGUACAAGAUUGAACUCGAAGGGAUAUCUGUUGAUAUCAUGAAAGAGAUACUAGAUUACAUCUUCAGCGGGCAGAUCAGGCUAAAUGAAGAAACUAUCCAAGAUGUGGUACAGGCAGCUGAUCUCCUGCUGCUUACAGACUUAAAAACUCUCUGCUGUGAGUUUUUAGAAGGUUGCAUAGCUGCUGAGAACUGUAUUGGUAUUCGGGACUUUGCACUGCACUAUUGUUUGCAUCAUGUUCACUACCUUGCCUCAGAGUAUCUGGAAACUCACUUUCGAGAUGUCAGCAGCACAGAGGAAUUCUUGGAACUGACUCCUCAAAAACUGAAAGAAGUGCUGUCGAUGGAAAAGCUCAAUGUUGGAAACGAAAGAUACGUCUUUGAAGCGGUGAUUAGGUGGAUUUCUCAUGAUUCAGAUUCCAGAAAGGUUCACAUGAAGGAUGUCAUGUCAGCAGUGUGGGUGUCGGGCCUGGACGCGGCGUAUUUACGGGAGCAGAUGAUGAGCGAGCCGCUGGUGCGGGAGAUCGUCAAGGAGUGCAACAACAUCCCGCUGACACCCCCCCAGCAGGGAGAGGCCAUGCUGGCCUCCUUCAAGCCCCGGGGCUACUCCGAGUGCAUCGUGACUGUUGGGGGGGAGGAACGAGUAUCACGGAAACCAACCUCAGUGAUGCGGUGUAUGUGUCCUCUUUAUGAUCCCAAUAGACAGCUCUGGAUUGAACUUGCUCCUAUGAGUAUUCCAAGGAUCAAUCAUGGAGUAUUGUCAGCAGAGGGAUUUUUAUUUGUGCUUGGUGGUCAGGAUGAAAACAAGGGAACGCUAAGCUCUGGAGAGAAAUAUGAUCCAGACACCAAUUCAUGGAGUUCCUUACCACCAAUGCAUGAGGCACGACACAAUUUUGGUGUGGUAGAGAUUGAUGGAAUUCUGUAUAUUCUGGGAGGUGAGGAUGGUGAAAGGGAGCUGAUCUCUAUGGAGAGCUAUGAUAUUUAUAGCCGGACCUGGACCAAGCAGCCAGACUUGACCAUGGUUAGGAAGAUUGGCUGCUAUGCAGCUAUGAAGAAGAAAAUCUAUGCAAUGGGUGGAGGCUCCUAUGGAAAACUCUUUGAAUCUGUGGAGUGUUACGACCCCAGGACUCAGCAGUGGACAGCAAUCUGUCCUCUCAAAGAGAGGAGAUUUGGGGCAGUGGCCUGUGGAGUUGCCUCUGAGCUUUAUGUCUUUGGUGGAGUCAGGAGUCGUGAUGACAGUCAAGCCAGUGAGAUGGUGACAUGCAAAUCUGAAUUUUAUCAUGAUGAGUUUAAAAGGUGGAUUUAUCUAAAUGACCAGAACCUCUGUAUCCCAACUAGUUCUUCUUUUGUGUACGGAGCUGUGCCCAUCGGAGCCAGCAUAUACGUGAUUGGAGAUCUCGACACAGGCACAAACUAUGACUAUGUCAGAGAGUUUAAGAGGAGCACGGGCACCUGGCAGCGCACGAAGCCGCUGUUCCCGUCGGACCUGCGGCGCACCGGCUGUGCCGCCCUGCGGAUCGCCAACUGCAAACUCUUCCGGCUGCAGCUUCAGCAGGGCUUGUUCCGCAUCCGCGUCCCUUCUCCGUGAUCCGUGUGCUGGCAGGGGAGGAGACUGGAAGAAUUCUGCGCAGCCCACCAUAAUCUAGCUCUAUAUAAAAGGAAAAAGCUGAGAAAUUACAGCUGAAACUUAACACUGUAUGCUGUGCUUUGGUAUGGUAACUGUUUUUGUUUUAAAUGCUUUAAAAAGCUUGAGUCUCAGUUCUUGUUUGGGAACAAAUAACUUAAGUAUACAUUAAAAAAGAAGAGAGGGGGGAAAUAAAAGGGGAGAGCAAGGAAACACCUUCAGUCGUAACCAUUUGGAGUUUAAACCGUAUUAUUGAAGAAGGUUUUUUUUUUGUGUCUGGAACUGUGGGAAUUGGUUUCCUUUGGCGAAGCUUAUUGGAAAGCGGAACAGAUUUCAGGUGCAUUUCCCCUGAGGGGAACUGGUCCGAAUAAAAGUGCUAUCUGGGACUGGAUAGCUGUAAUACACAGGAGCUGUACAAUAACCAACCUCCCUGGUGUGCUGCCAAGACUGCUGCUGGAGCGUGAUGCCAUAGGAGACGUUGGUCGUUGCACCUUUUAUUUCUAGUCCUUCCUCAAAAAGAUUUAAGGUCUGUGCCUAAAAAUGGUGGAGGUGUGUACAUACGGUUUUUCAUUCAUUUGCAAUGGUUUCAUUCCUACAAAUACUUUUAAUAUAUUUAAAAAUGGACUAAUCUGAAAUGGAUACAGUACAUUACAGAGAAGUAAACUGGUUUUUUUCUACGCUGUCAUUCGAGUAGCCUGACGAACUGGUCUGCAGGUGGGUGGCAUGUGCUUCUGGGUGGGCUUUGGUGGCUGUUUUCUUGAAGUGAAAAGGGGGAAGCGGUGUUUGGAACGGUUAGUGGUGAUUGCUGCUUUUGGCAAAAGCAAAAAAAAAAAAAAACAAAUAGGUUGUGUUCCUUUUUACUUCAGAUCACUUGCAAACUCAGAAUGGUUUUUAAGCCUGAGGAUCGUAGAACGGUGUGUUUUGUCUCUCUCAGAACAAAGGUGAAGUAUGACAAGGAUAUAUUUCUUUUGCAGAAAACCUGAUUUUUGGAUUAAGAGUUCAGGAAAAUUUGAACAGCGACUUUAAAUUGGGAUCAAAAGUUUGUUUACUAAUGAUUUCCGUGCUAAGGUACAGUCUUGUUUAUUGCUGUCUGACUUGGAAAGCUGGGUUUUAUGGCGUGGUUAUAGUGAAGAACUUAGUAUCUUGCAUUUUUUUUCUUACUAAGCCUUGUUCACAUCAGUAGCGAUAUUUAAUUGCCUUUUUUUUCGUAGUCAAGGUCAGCUGGUAGAACACUUUUACCUCAGUUUUUGAUUUCGUUAUUGUUGUGAUGGGUGGGACGUGACCUCUAUUUAUUUAAAAGGAAUAAAAUGGGAGAGAUGGGAAAUAGAAAUAAGACCUCCCGCCCUUCAGAAAAAGAGAUUUUGUAUAACCAGUAUUAUAACUACACACAAAACUUUCCACUCUGCACCUUUGUGGACCUCAGACAAGCCAACCUCUGCCCUCAGUUGUGUUAGUGUAAACCUUUGUCAUCUUCGCUGAAUCAUCUUAGACAUGCUGAACUACAAUCCCAAACUCCUACAGAAUAGUGAUAUUUCACUAAAUAACCCUUGAAGAGACAUUCUGAAACUUCUGCUCGGUCCUUCCAUAGCACUGAUGUGUGGUUGGAAUUACUCUGAUUUCUGAGCAAAGGGUUGGGGGGGGAAAGAAAAGGGCAGCAGCCAAUCCAUUCACCAUUAUUUAUUUUUUUAUUAUUUUUUACAAUGCUGAAGUGCUGCAAAACUUGAACUAUAUACAUCAAUUUUCUGACCUAUAUUAGUUGACAUAUUAAAAAGUUUAUAUAUUUAUGCAUUGCAGUAAACUUGGUGUGUGUAUAUAUAUGUCUUUAGAUUUUAAAUUUAUAUAUAAUGCUUUACUACAGAAAUGUGAACCACUAUUUCCAUCCUUGGCUGUCUUGUGAAAUAAAUCAAGUGCUGUUAGUUUAUCUAUAAAACUUCCCUUUUUUGAAAAAUCUUACAUGGAUCAAUUUUUUUUUUUUCUCAGACAAAGUGCCAAGAUCCCAUAUUCAAAAGUGAUGAAUGUUCCUAAGUACCUAUUUCACUUUUGAGCUCAGUUUUCUAAGUGGCUUGGAAAACUUUCAAAAAUGUUAUUCAGAAUAUUGCAGGCUGCUAUCUCCCAAGUCCCUGUAGCUUCCCAGCACCCUUGAGGGCAUUCAGCACCCAGAAAACAUAAGUGAUAAAUGCACAUAUUAAAUCCAAAUCCUCUGUACUCAAGCAGUGUUUUGCAGUUAAAAUUACUGAACAGAAUGUUUACAUUUAAAGUAGGAUUAACAGUAGGUAUUCUUACUUUUUUUUUUUUAACAUAAAUAAACAAAUCUCUUGUGAUUGGAGCGUGUUGCGAGUGCACUUGGUGAGAUUUGACCAAGAAGUUUAAGCCUCUUCAGCUGAACCAGUUGCAAACUGAAUUUCUUAGCACGCCUGUCCUUGUGUCACGUUCUGUGCAGCCCAGGGACCCUGGGAUCAGACCCCGGUGUCUCGAGGGACACUGGCUCCUGGAGUUUGGGGUGCAUGCUCAGGCUGAAGAUUUGAGCACUCCUGAGCUCUCAAAACUGGCUUCCUUGGUGUUGCUUAAGUGAAUGGGGAUCAUUCCCCAUCUGCGUUGUGUGUGGCCGAUCCGGGAGCUGUUCCAGGCCCUGUGUGUGUAGGAGGGAAGUGAUGUGUCUUUUGGGGUCUGACUCCUGUCUGUCUGCCCUGGUCUGAUCUGCAAGUGCAUCUCUUGGGAUGUGCAAUAACCAGGUUUGAUUUCUCUCUGAAUUUAAGGCAAGGCUUUGAUGCCAAGGCUCCCCUUUCUCCAGGGAUUGUCCUGGGGAUGGUGCAGGAGACAAGAGGCAGAGCUGACCUCUGAUUUUCCUUUUGCUUUUCAGAAGAGAUGGUCGACUUCAGUAGGGGAGGGAGGCUGUGAUUCCAGAGGUGCUGAGUAGAGGGAGGUCACCAGUCUCCUGAGGCGUUGAGCGUGUGAACAGCCAUAGGUUGGACUGGGUUCACUGGUAAAUGCCACCACCCCAGCUGUCCCUGCACCCCGGUGCUGUGUACCCCUGGUGCUGUGUACCCCUGCAUACGAUGGCUGAACCACGUGGGAAACAACUCAGGAACUUUCUGAGGUGCAGUCCAGGGGUCUUAGGUGGUUUGGCAGUUUAGAAACUUAGUUUGAGUUGUCCUUGCUUGGCACAGUGGGCUUAAUUCCUUCCAGCUCCUGAAUCAGCUCUCUCGUUCAGCCAGGUCCUCCACGGGUGACUCUGUGAAUGUUUCUCCUGGCCCUCUGUCCCUGCCAUCUGAGGCUUCACCACCAGGCUUUAGGCACCUUCCCUGGGGCUGAGAGUUCAUCUCAGCAUUGAAAUGCUGAUGUUUUUAGACCAACAUUUGUAUUUCUGCAAAGUGCCACUGACUCGGUGCCCGGCACACCUUGGACCUGGGCUGGGUCCUUGGGUGCACCUUGAGUCAAGCUCAGCACAAUCCCAAACCAGGACUGGCUGGGCCACCUUGAGCUUAAGGAACUUGGACUGGGCCUCUGUGUCCUUUUUCCUUCCCCUGCUGAGGAACUGGACAAACCCCAGCCACUGUCAUCAGAAAAUCACCAAAAUACGGGGUAGGAGUUGUGGAAGAUGGGAAGAGAGGUGGCUUUUUCUUCUCCCCUCACUCCAUCUCUUACCACAGUUCCCCCCCCAAAAAAAAAUUCCCUCUUCCUUUUUUUUUUCUUCAUGUGCCACGGGUUAUUUUUGGAAGAACUUUGGAAUUGCUAAUUUUAGGUUAAAUCAAAAGUUUUGAGUGUACAAGUGGGGGGAAAGAAAGAGAUACUAUUGUAAGCACACGGCAGCGUCCUCUGUGCUUGUUUUACACCUGUAGUCUUGUGGCUGCUCUGUACAGCAGAGAGAAGGAUUUACAGAAGCAAAGGUGUAAAGUGCUGUUGCUCUCAAAAAUAAAUCCCUCAGGUACCUGAGGGAGGCACACACCUGGCCUUGUGAGAUGGUCCUAAAGAGUCAGGGUUGGAUUUCAAAUUCUUUCUGUGUUUAUAACCUGAAGAAGAGGCAUCCUGAAGAGUCUUCUGUUUUGCUGUACCACAGCGAGGUCUGCCUGUCCUCAAAUGUUUGAUCAGCUAGUCCUUAAGUUUUAGUUGUUGUGAAAGUGCUGUAUCAACCCAGCUGCUCCUGGUCGAGGGACUCUCCACAGCUUUGGGGGCACCUCGUCUGUGAAUUGAAGGCAAAUGGAUACGAGGUCACGCAGCAGGAUAGUGGUUGAGUCUGAAAACAAAGCAAAUUCACAACCUCAGCUCACUGAUAGCUGUGGGCAGGCUGUGCUUGGACUGCACAGCACGUGCCUGGCACACAGCCUGCCUUCUGGGGCAGAGAUCUGGGUGAAAAUAAGAGGUUUUUAUCAGAGCUGCCGAGGCACCUGGUUUACGAACUCCCCUCGCAGAACACACCAGGCAGCUUGGUUUCUUUGCAAUAUUUCUUGUGCCUGCACGACUCAGGAAAUGCACAAGUACAGGAGUGAGGGGUUUAGGGAUGUCUUUCCCUGUUUUAACUGCAGUUCCUCUGGUUGUUCCAUAAAUACCGUGGCCAUCCAGCCUGCAUGGGCUCUGCUAACGUGCGUGUGCCGUGCAAAGUGGAGGAUGCAAUAACAAAUGCAAGUUGAUACAAGUGCCAAAAUUUUGGUUUACUCUGUGUGUAACAAUAAUUCAGCUGAUCUACUAAAAUAUAGAGAUGCUUACAAUUCACUGUGUUCCAAAAAAGAGCAGUGGUUUGGGUUUUUUUGUUUUUUGGUUUUUUUUAAAUGUAUGCUAUUGAAAACACUGUAAAUUUUUACUUUUUUUUUUUUUAAAUACUGUUCUGCAGGUUUGUUACUCUUCACAGCUGCCUUGAAUAUCACUCCAUGUGAUGGCUAUGGACACUUUGCUCUUUAUUAGAGCACUGGUGCCAUGCAAGUAUAUAAUAAGUGGCAGCUGACAACAGGUUUUAGUAUUUAAAAUUCUAAGUAGUUAGAUGAAGUGCAGUUCGUUUGCAUUAGUUGGCCUGCAGUGUCUCGGGAAGUGUGGCUGUGCCCAGGGACACAGACAGACCAAGGCCUGGUUUGGUGCCACUCACAGCCAUGCUGUCAAAGGAGUUACAUUUAAUUUAGGGUAUGGAUCCUUCCUGCCUCUAAUUUAGCACUGAGGACGGUGGGGGUUGUGCUCUCUGAGCUCUUUGGAGUACUUAAACAGCUCCUCCAGGUGGGUGGGAGGGGUGUUAAUGACAUCCCUGUGUGCAGGAGCUGCUAUUUCCAUCUUCUCUUGGAGUGUUUCCUUUUCCUGUCCAGGAACAAGUGCAGGGCUGCGUUUCGCUCGUCGCUGCUGCAGCCUUUUGACGUUUGCCAUUUUCUGCUGCUCUUCCUUGUCUUUUCUUGGAGCUGGGAGCUGCACCUGUAGGUUCUGUGUUUCUGUGGCACACCACUUGGGAAAGGAAAGUACAGAGAUCACUCUGAUCCCUUGGGAUUGGGAAGGUGACCCAGGGAAAGCUGAAGGCAGUGAGAUUUGGGGGCAGCUCCACUCAUUUUCUGUGGGGGUCACAUCCACAUACUCUGAAGUUUAUUGAUAAGUUGGGCACCUGCUCUCCAUUAUCCCUGUGGUUUCUGGUGUGGGGUUUUUUUUCCUGUGAAAUUCCUUGCUGUAGGAAGGAUUGCAGCCAGGGUUUAAGGUGACACCUCUGAUCAGCCAUGCCCAGCAUGACUCUGCAGCCUGACUGCUGUUGUCCUCCAGUAAUCAAUUGUCUCAAAAUUUUGAUUAACAGGUAAUCUAAAAACAUGGGCUAAAGCCAUGUGAAGUGCCCAACUUGAUAAACACCUGCUCAAAAGGAUUAAAGGUAACAGGAGAAUUAAACUAUGAACUGCUACCAACGGGUGAUUAUGUUGUAAAUUUGUUGGCAAUACAAAAUCUUAGAUAUUUUUCUAAAUACCUUAUUCUAGGUAGCUGCUUCUUAGUUGUAAAAAUAUUUGAAAUACAUAAAGAUGUUGUUUAGAAUAAUAUUUGAAGGUUAUUGUCUUGAAAAGUGAGCUGGAAGAUUGGAGCUUUUCAAUGGCAAAGGCUAAAUCUUGUUUGCCCAGUGCUUUUGCAGGGUUUCUGGUGAACAGAGAACACCUGCCAGGGCACAUCAGUGCAUGAGGGUGCUCAAUGCCACUGCCUACCUGUGCCCUUGAAUUGGCAUAAUGAAAUGAGGCUGUUCUGAGCCCUGGUAAAAGCUGAGGGAUCUGAUUACAAUAAUAAGAUAGAAAGAAGUGUCCCCAAUGUCAAUAAUAUUAUUGAUAAAACACGAAAAUACAAUUUAUUUUUUUUUCAAAUACUGGGUACUUUUGAAUCACCACUUAAUGCCCUUGAUUAUUUUUUUUUCUUCUUUGCCUUUCAUCCUUUUCACUUAAUGCUAAAAUAUCCUCAGUUCUUGUCAAGGGCAAGUUUCUCUCCUCUGUAUUUGCAGCCCCAGGAGCCUGACAGACCCCCUGUCACAGGCUGUGCAAUGGGCUGUCUCUCCAGUGUAAUUUCUGUGCAUUCUCUGUGCUGCCACCUCUGCCAACUUCAGAACAUUUAAAAAAAAAAAACCAACCCUGUAGAACAAUUUUGCACCAGAUGAAAGCAAGAGCCAUUUUGGAAAGUCUAAAUGUCAGUCUGCAAUAAUUAGUGUGCUUUGAAAACCUGAUCCCUGGCUGGGCUUGAGGUUCUCUCCUGAAUGGUCUGACACUGAUUGAUCUGCCUUAUCAAUUUUAUUAACCUGCUUUAUCAAUUCACACGUGACAGCAGGAAAGCAUUAUCAUCCUUGUCACUUGUUUCACUUGUCCUUGUCACUUGUUUUUAACUCUUAAAAAGCAAAGUCUGCUUAUUUAUUGGAGUAUAUAAACCAGUACACCGGGGUAUCUGCCAAGGUGGUCGGGUUGAACAGAGCUGACAUUCUGCAAAGCUCUUGUUAAAGUUUCUUUCUGAAGGGAAGCCAGGGAGUGCCCUCUUAAGAAAUACUUUCAAAUUCUUUCAGAACUGGUCUUAAACGAGUCCAAAGGACUCCUUUGGAUUGCUCAGAGUGCACGGGGUCUGUUCGAGCUUUUGUUUGCUUCGGGAAACAGCUGCUAAGUCAAUUUGAAGCAUUAUUUUUUCAUCCCUGACUUCCCAAACCGAAAUAGGUAAAUUAAAAAUUGCUUCUUUUAAUAGAAACAUUUUUGUAUUUAAGGGUUGGAGGCUGCAUUUUUGCAAUAUGUGGUGAGUUUGUAUUGCACCUUAGUUUAGUGGCUGUAAACAGCGAUCUGUGUCCUGGUGGACUCCUGACAGGUACUUUUCAGUGCUUGGAGCAGAGGAGAAAUAUCAGUAAAACAAGAUUUUCUAGGGGGGAAAGCCCCGAUUCCCAGCUACCUCAUUUUUUUUCCCUUGCACUUUGUCAAAUCUUUUUGUUUUGUUUUAAAUCACGUUUUGCCCUUCAAUUAAAAAAAAAAAACUAAAAGCAGACAAGAAGCAGGACAGAAUGGUGCCAUUGCCCAAGGACAGUUUACUUUAAUUUCAUUUUAAAUUAAUGUUUCUGUACAAAAAGACCAAGGUUGACCUGCAGCUGCUGUAAAAAGUAAAUAAAAAUGUGUAUUCCUUGAAAGUAACUAUUAUACUUGGAAAUGAGAGUAGCAAUUGAAAGACUGUCCUGAUGAUUUUUAAAUAGGAAUAGAUCUGUUUAAAAAAAUGGAAGUCUCUGCUCUUUUAAGGACAGAUCAGAUAGUUUUCUCUCUGCCUCUGCUCUGCACUGUUUUGCCUGUGAUCCAUUAUCUCAGUGGAGAGAUUCACUGAUUUUUUUCUGUAAAGUCUAAUUGGCUGUUUUUCUGUGCAGUUCCCCAUUUGCUCACCUGCAGAGGAAAAACUGUCAAAAAUCAAUACCCACCUUCUGCACCUGAACUCAGUUAAUUGCCCGUUUCUUUGGGAUCUUCAAGUAUGUGGGGUUUUGCUUAGCUUGAAGAAGUGUGCUUUCUUCUGCUUCUAAAGGUGCUAUUUUGACAUAAUUUUGAACUCCUUACACUGUGCUUGACUUCUCAAAGGACUGAUAUGAGCUGAUAAUCAGCUCGUGUUUAUUCUCUGGGGUUUUUCUUUGACUAUUCAGUCUGGUUUUUAAAAUACAUCCCUUUUCAUAAAGAUGGCUCCCGAACUGUCAGAGGCCUUAAUAAUACAAAAUGUAACGGGGGAGUGCUGCCUUUUUCCUUUCUCUGUAAAGGCAAAGCCAAGAAAUGCUUCACGGGGAACGUUUUCCUCUAAAAUUUUAAGGAGCAGCUCAUGCUUUGAGUUCAAUGUAGCAAACAUUCUACUGGCCACGCACGAAUAGUAGGGACAAAACAAGGAGCUAUUCAUGCCCCUGCAGACUGAACCAAUUAGCUGCUAAUUCCAGAGCCUUCCAUUGGCAUCAUGGUGGCUAUUCUGUAAAUAUUAAUGUUCCUGGGCUCGGUCCCAGGACCUGGCUGUGUGUCUGGGACACGCUGACCAGCGUGGCUGUCAGAGCACUGGGGUGUUGGGCCGGGUGUGGGGUUUGACUCAGACCUCACCUGCUCAGCCCCCCGAGGGUGUGGGUGCCACAGAGGGUCAGGAGGUAGAAGGAGAGAAGCUCCCAAGAGCACAGACAUCAGCUUAGCAGGCCUGAGGAGAGGCUCUUGUAGACGCCAGCCAUGGAGUAGAGAGAUGAAUUUUAGUCCUGUAUAGGAACUCUUUUGUUGUCCUUAUUGUGCUGUUUUUUAUUUGUAUUUAAUCUCUAUCAUCAGUUUGGUGUAGGGGUUUGGUAACUGCUACAAGUUUUUCAUUCUGUGGAGAAUAUGAGUCCUACUCCUGCCCUGUGUGAAGCAGCAGAGAGGAUCAAGGGUUGGUGUUUGAACCUGUCCCCUCUCCAGCAGCAGGUUAUUGUCUUCCCGUAGGCUUCACAGUCCCAAUGCUGUAGCAUUUCUCAGUUAAUGUAAGAGCCCUUCAGCCUUUUCAGAAGAGUCCAGAGACUGCCUUGUCCUUCUCCUCCUUCCCAUCUUGGGUGCUGCCCUCUGGACCGUCUGAACUCAUCCAGGUUGUCCAGGAGCCACGGGCUGUGGCCUCAUGAGGAGUACCUGUGUUACCUGCAGUGCUGUCUGAAAAACAGCUGAUAAAUGAGGGACCCAGGAGAACCCCACUGCACUUGCAAGUCUCUGAUCCUCUCACUUUAGGGAAGGCUGAAGAGCAGCAUUGUCCAUUGCCUGUGCAGAGUCUGAGCUUUGCAGCUGCGCUCUGGCAGCACAGGUAAGGAUGAGUCCACCCUGCCCCUUCCAUAAGGGUAAGAUAUGAAAGGAUUAUGGACUGGGUGUUAUAGGAGAACCAAUAUUUCGCGUUGCUUCUAUUUAAAUCUGAAAAUACUGGGGUCUCUGAAACCGUGUCUGCAGGCUGGAACCGCAUCUAUUGGCCUAAAUAACCGAGGAGCUCCUUCCUGCCUGGUUUUCCCCUCCACUUGUUUUUUUUCUGAGAAACCAGAGAUGUGGAACUGCAUCCCAGUUUGUCUGGUCACUGCUUUGUAAUCUGAAGUGGAGCCUGACAAGCCGAGACUGUUCUGAUUUUGCCUUCAAAGGGAAAAAGCAAAAUUUCUUCACAUUAGGUGCUCUACCUUCAGAGUUCUCCCUCUGUAAACCAUGUUUAUUGAGUAGCAUGAAUCUUGUAGGAUUGGGCUAAAGAAUAUAAAUACAUAUUAUAUGAAUGAUGACUAAUGUAUUUAGUCUGACUUUGUACGGUACAAAUACUUUAUUUUAGCGUAAGAGAAUGAAAUAACUACACUGAAUAAUCCAAUUAUGAUAUUCCAUGAACCAAGAAAUAGGAGGGUGUUGCAAUGUGAUGCCACAUUGCUGCUGCUCUCACAAAGGUUCGGUGUUCUGUAAAAUCUAAGAUCUUGAUAAUGACCAGGAGAUUGUCAGAAUAUAUUGACACUUUUCCUACAAAAAAUACGCUGGUGUGGUGUGGUAGAAACACUCACCUGGUCUUGUUUACUGUUGCUGGCAUGCAGCUUGACAGCAAGGUUUGUUCCCAUCAUCCAGCUGUCAUGCUUUGACUUCUGUGUUACAGAUGUGUUUACUGCUACAGGCUCUUUGUGUGUGUACGUGUUCUGUGGGUCUGUCUGUGCUUUGUGUGGGAAUGAAGUUUUUGCUUUUAUUUAUGUGUCCACCCCAAAAGUCUUCACGUGUUGCUUUAGAAAUGAGUUGGUGAAUCACUUGGGGCCAGGCUUUGGAAUGCUCUGAUCUGAGUAUGUUGAGUUACUUCUGUUAAAAACAGGGAAAAAUAAGACGUAAAUGCUCUUUGGCCUCAAUCAAACUAUGCAAUACAGCACACCAGAGAGCAGAAUUCCUUGUGAUACAGAAGAUGUGCGGCUCCUGUGUCCUUCCAAGUCCAGUCCUUGGUCCAAGGUUAGGAGAACUUGUACUCAGUGGCUGCCCAAGAAUCUUGUAUCCAAACCCACUCCAGUUCACUGGUUUCCCUCCUGCCCCCUUGCCUGGCCCAGCAGUUUAUCUGGGUCAGUGUAUGGGUGUUUGAGCUGGAAUGAUGUCCUGUCCAAGUGUGUCCCUCCUGUCCUCUCGUGGUGUUGUCGAUUGGAGCUCGUCCCGUGAUCCCACCAGCGCGGCUUUUCCCGCUGGAGCGAGUUGGUGCCACUCCCCAACAUUUGCCUGUCUCAGCUCUAGAGCAGGUCGGGUGUUUGGGGUUUGCUGUGCCCCUCUGGGCUGAUGUUGUCUUGCUUUUAUGUUCCUGUGUCAUUCAGUUGUGAGUCUGGUCCUGACAGCAGAGAAUCCCCGUGACAUCCCAAACCCAGUCCAAGUACGUUUUCAUUUCCAACGCUUCUCUGUGUCUGAGUUUGAUUUUGCUGCUUCGGUGGCAAUUCAGGGAUAAAUGCCCACGUGGUCAGGACUGCUGGUAAAGGUUCUUUGUUCUCCCAUUGAUUCGUUUUUUCCAGUGAAAUUUGUUCCUUGUGUUCCUCUCCCUCCCCCUGUUCCCUGUCAGUAAAACGGGUACGCUGUUUUCCCUGCUCCUGCAUCCCGUGAGGAGCUUUCAUCUCCCAGGUGCUCUUGUCGUCUCACCUUCACAUCAUUCUCCAUUUACUUAACCCACCCUGCACCUCACACUGCUCCUCCCUCCUAACUCCCUUUCCUAUUUCACCUUUCUCUAAUUCAGAUGAACCUUGAUUUCUUUUUCUGUUUCCAAAAAAGGGAUUUCGGUGCAUAACCUGGGAGACAGAAAAGCUCUCUCUGCAGGUGUCUGUGUGUAUCCAUUCCCUCCCCAGCACACACAGUGUGAAGGGUUCAGCCUGUUCCGUUCCUAUCCCCAGGUUUUCCCUAGUGUGAAGCAGAACACAGGCUGAAGCCAUUUCUUAUUUCUUUUGGUAGUUGAAAAUAUUUGGAGAUUUUCUUCUUUGGAAAUAGCUGCUGCAGAUGAGCAGCUGGCAGAAGAGAGGGUUGUUAUGCUUCCAUAUUCAGUAUUUUUAAUUGAGGAACAAAUAAUUUAUUUUGGGAAAAAAAUGUAAAUUUUUUUGUAUUUGUAUGUCAAAGUGGCCUUUAUAGGAAAAGCACAUAAAAUAUUUAGAUUAAAAUUGCUUAGUUAUGUAAUUUUAGUGGGGACUUUUGUAUUGACAGGGUUUCUAUGCAUUUUUCAAAAUAUACUUGCUGUUUUGUGUUAGAAUUAUUGGAAAUCUUUUUAAAAACAUGUAUUAACACAUUUUCCAUGGUUGAUCCCUUUACUAUCAUUCCUUUUGAAUACUACAAAGGUUUUAAUUAACCCUGUAAAUUAAUUUUCCCCCACAAGUGUUUGCAUUAAGUCAAUACAAUGAGUUAUAGCAUGGGUAUGUAGCUUUAAGGGAAUAAGCCUAAUUAGUGCAGCUUAAUUAUGGGGAGAUCUGUUCGGAGAAGGGCGGAACGCGGGGUUUCAAUUGCACUUAAACCACUGAAUUAGGAAAUUUAGGUUUUUGCUGUACCUCAGUAGGAUUUUAUUAAACUGUUUCCAUCCUGUAUUGUUUACACUUGAGCAUUGUUUAACUAUGCACCGUUUGUGCAGUUUGCAGUUCUCCUUCAUUCUGUUGGGAUUAUAUGAACAUUAUCAGGUAUGAAAAGUUUUGGAGUGUGUGGUAUCCUCGUGGGUUUGACACGAGUUGGGGAGGGAGGAGAGGAAAGUUAGAUCCAUUAGUGUAUUUUUCCAUUUAAUUAUGUACAAGUCUUCACAUUGGCUUAGACUAAAUAACCGAACUUACAGUUGGACUGUAAGUGCAGUCAAUGGUUUGGGGAUGGGGGAAGUGAAGGGGUUGCAGAACUCCAGGCAAAAAAUACCCUUUUAGUUGCACUGGGGUGCAACUGCCCUGACUGCCUGUGCAAAGCAGAACCCGAGGGGACACAUCAGCCCCUGCUGUCACUGCUUGGAUUUUCCUUUCUCUUCUCGAGGUGUUCCUGCAAGGUUUGCUGAGUGGACCCUUCCCAGGAACGUCUCUCAACUGACACUUCAGUUUUACCAUUUUAUGUUUGUCCUUUUAGUUGUUGUUUCUCUUCCCCGAGCGAUCCCCCAUUGUCCAUAGGUUAGUGUAAGUGCAAGCUUUCAGGUGUAGCACCAAACAAACAUUGCAUGGUACGAUGUAGAAAAAUGUGCAAUUCUAAUGGCACUUUGACCCAUUGCUGAAACACUGGGUUUUGCCACUGAACAAAUUCUCAACAAUUGAAAACACUCUGUGUCUACAUUAGAUGUCUUGAAGGUGAAGCAAAGGGCAGUUACUCCAGUUGUACCCACGGAUAAUUUGGUAUUGAUUCUUUUUUUAAUAGUUUUGUGAUCUGUUUUUAGAAGAACACACACAUUUCUUGGUUUACUUUAGUUGCCAUAAAUUGCCCAGGGCAGAGCCUGGUCCACCUCCAUCCAUUUAUUUUCAUGGAGUAGUUGCACAAAAAAACGGGAACAGCAAAGCAGGAAAGCUGUUUGGUUACUCAGCAGUAACCUCCCUUGCAGAUUUUGUGGCUCACACACGGUACAAAAAGGGACACAGGAAUUUUCCUGGAUUCAGUAGCACUCGCUUUGUUUACGUGUUCUGUAGAACGUUGGGUGACUAAAGGGAGGUUCCCUUUUUAAAGUAUUUGACUUGUGCUUUGAGGACUUAGUUGCCACUGUGCAAAUUGUGCUGUAAUAUUGUACCAAGGAUCAGUGAAAGUGUUUUAUCUUUUUUAAUGUCGUUUGUAUUUGAUCGGGUUUUAUAAAUGUAAGAAAACAGAGUGUUGUAUUUUGAUCUGAAAUUUGCGUAUGGUAAAAGUAACUUUGCUUUAUGUAUUGGAGGUUUGCUCAGAACUUGAAUAAUUUUAUAGAAGGGUACAGACCAAAAUUAAUUGUCUUAAAGGUGUUUAAUAAAUUAACCAAAUAAAACAUUGAUUGUUUGAAAACUUGG